UUGGUUCCUUUCUUGCUUGACUACGGUGACCACACAUCAUUGUUUGAUGGUUUGCUGUGUCCGUAUCAGGGUGCUAGAAUUCUCGCUAGUUCCUUUUCUCUUUUGUCAGAAUUUUGUCUCUUAUUGUAAUUCCCCAUUUCAAAAAUGCACUUACUUGCUUUUCUAUUUGCAUUGUGUUUAUAUGCAUAUAGAAAAUUUGCAUCUCCUAGCGUGGACAAGUAUCUAGAUUUUUGUUUGUGCUGAACUAUGUAUUGUUCGAAAAUAUACAUUCGAUUGUUGACGCAGGGUCAGACAUGUAAAAUGUCUUGUUUUUUCUUUCUUCCAGAGACCUCGGCAAUCGUCAACGCCGUCUUUUGGUGAAGUGGCUAACAGAGAAUCCAUGGCUUAGAUAUUCUAUGAAUGAUGAUGCCUUGUAUUGUGCACCAUGUGUUUUCUUUGGACGACAGGAAUCAAAAGAUAAGCUCGUCAUAAAUAAAGUGACAGACUGGUCUAAUUCAGCUUGUUUUGUAAAGUGGCACCUUAAAGAUGGGUCUCCUCAUUUCACUUACCAAGCGAUGGCAGAUGAUUUUGUUAAAGUUUGUUCGAAAGAUGCAAAAGAAGAGCCAAUUAUAAACAAAAUUUGUGAAUGUAAAAAAACACAAGUAAACCGCAACCAACACAUCUAAUUAAAAAUAAUGGAAUCUCUGUUACUCUGUGGGAAUCAAAACAUUGCUAUUCGUGGGCAUACCCUAGAGCGAAGUAACUUCAUGGCUAUUUUGAAUUCAAAGGCACAAGGUGAUCCUAUUCUGACCAAACAUCUCGCGAAUGGUAAUAGUAGAGCAAAAUACACAUCCCCUGAUAUACAGAAUGAAAUCAUCAACAUUAUUGGAAAUCAAAUUCGCACCGAUAUUGUUAAUAAGUGCAAUUCAAGCAAAUUCUUUGCUCUGAUCGCGGACGAAUCUACAGAUGUAUCGACGCGGGAACAAGUAUCUGUUUGUCUUAGAUAUAUACAGCGGGAUUCUCUUAGUGGUGAUAUUUCUAUAAAAGAAGACUUUCUAGACUUUGUCAUGACGACUAGUACUAAGGGUGAGCAUUUAGCGGAAUUACUAAUCGAAACGUUACAGGGUGCGGGUGUCAACAUCGCCAAAAUGAGAGCUCAAGGCUAUGAUGGAGCUGCCAACAUGUCCGGCAAAUAUAACGGUGUGCAGGCCAGAAUAUCAAGCAUAAUACCAGAAGCAACAUAUGUACAUUGCAAAUCACAUUGUCUCAACUUAGCAGUUGUUCACAGCUGUAAGGACAAUUCGGUUCGAAACGUCAUGACAGUCGUCCAAGAAAUAGGGUUUGCUUUCGACUAUUCCGCAAAGCGACUACAAGCUUUCAUCAGACGCGGCUAA